AUGGCCCCCACCCAGAUAUUCCGGAAGGGGUUGAACCCCCGAACCGUGCAGCAGUACUGGGGCAACCUCGGUGUCCAUGAACAAGGCGAAAAAGAGGAAGUGGUCGCAUGGAUCCACGAGAUCGACCGCCGAGUGCAGGCAGAAUUUGCCAAGGUCCACCCUGACCUUUUGCUCCGCAAUCCCAAAGCCCAGAAUCUGCUCAAAAAGCAGAUGGGCGACGCCUUGGGUGGGCUCCCUGUGCUAGCCAGCCAGUGGCCGAGGGAGGAGGCGGUGUCCCGCCUCUAUGACCUUUACCGCGCACUCCGGUGCGCCUUUCCUGUGGAGUGGGGCCUGUCUGCUAAAAAGCCGCGUGCGUCGCAAGCCGCGCGGGCGCGAGCUGCGGCACCAGCAGCUCCCACCUUGAGCGCGACGGCCCAGACAACAACCACCGCGCACCCCGAGGUCACCCAGAACCCGGCUCCGGCCACCGAGGGGCCCCGUUUCUCGGCGCGCUUUGUCCUCCAACUCCUCCAAAGCCACGACAGAGACAUCCGGGAGCUGCGUGACAAUAUCGUCGCACUCCGAGGCCAGGUGGCACAACUGCAGGCCCUGGCGCUGUGCCCAACUCCGAUCGGCAGCCCCGCCCCUGAGAACCCUUAUGAAAUGGGGGGAUGGCAGUAG